AUGGAUGGUGUUACCUAUCCUUAUUUUGAAGUGACAGGCAAGAAAUUAAAUCAUCCGUUACUUAAAAGAUGUUCAAGUUUGGUAGAUGCGGAUUCAAAUAAAGUGUACGAUGAGUUGCUGAAGAAAUCAUACCUUCUACCCGAAAAUGGGCAUAAUAUUGUGAUUAUUCAACCGCAUAUAAAAGGUGCAUUGUACAAGAGGAUCAACAACAAGUUUCCGUAUUUACCUAAAAGUGAUCCUAAUGUAGACGAAUCUAUCGCUCUUGUAGAUUCAUUAGGAUUUUCGACUACCGUUGGUGUGAUAUUUUGCAAUAUAAAAGCCGCCAACACUAAUAGAGGAUCGUUUUUUAAUAAAGGUAUAUGGCAAAAUGUAUCAGAUUCUGUAAUUGCUUAUCGUGAUGGGAAACAGUCUGUUCAGACUGCUGAUACACUUCUUAACGAAGAAAAUAACGCAUUCUCUGAUCAUAUCGUCAAAAAUCUUCGAUCUCGUACUCCAGAAGCAAAACUUCAAGCAAAGUUAGCUGAAAUCAGAUUGCUUCGAGCUCGUAUUCCAGCAUUUUUUGAAACACCUAAUAUGAUUAAAUGUUUGAUUGAUAGAUCUGAUUUCGCUACAAAGGAACGUUUACUACAAAUACUUAAUCAAACAGAAGCUAGUCUUUUAAAUCAAUUGGAAAAAAUUUCCAAACAACGUAUUCAUCAUAGGCGUAAUCAUAGACGAGAUAUGGAGAAACAUCAUUUACCUCUAGUGGAGUUAUCUAGGGAAGUGUAUUAG